AUGGAUAAAGCAAAUCCUUUAAGUACUCCUAUGGUUGUUGAAACUGAUCAAUUUUGUCUUUGUGAAGAAAAUAAAGAUAUUCUUGGUCCUGAAGUACCAUAUCUCAGUGCAAUCGGAGCACUUAUGUAUCUUGGGAAUUGCACUCGUCCUGACAUAUCCUUUUCAGUAAAUUUAUUAGCAAGAUUCAGUUUGGCUCCUACGAAGAGACACUGGAACAGAAUCAAACAUAUAUUUCGUUAUUUUUGUGGAAGCACUGAUCUUAACUUAUUUUAUUCUAACGAUACAAAAAUAGAAUUGAUUGGUUAUGCAGAUGCAAGUUAUUUUUCUGAUCCUCUUAAGAUUAGGUCUCAAACUGGAUAUAUAUUUACAAGUAAAGGUAUUGCAAUUUCUUGGCGAUCACAGAAACAAACAAUUGUAGCCACUUCCUUAAAUCAAUCUGAACUUUUUGCAUUACAUGAAGCAAAUAGAGAAUUUCAUAAAAGUCCAACUGUGAUAUGUGAAGAUAAUGCUGCAUGUAUAGCACAAAUCAAGGAAGGGUAUGUCAAGAGUGAUAGAACCAAACAUAUACCUCCAAGAUUCUUUUCAUACACUCAAGAACUUAUAAAGAAUCAAAAAAUUGACAUCCAGUAUGUUCAAUCAAAUAAUAAUUCAUCUGAUCUCUUCACCAAGUUACUUCCUACAGCAAUAUUUAGAAAACAUGUCCAUAACAUUGGAAUCUAA